AUGCCAAACGUCACCAGAAACUCUACUAAACCUGCCUUUGGGGCUGGUGCGAACAAGGCGUGCGAAACAGCUAGUGCUAACCAAGCUAGCCAGAAGGCAGCGCCAUUGCGCGACGACAUUGUGGAGACUGAAGCGGCGGCAGCGAGGCACAUUCCCGGUGAGGUGGCUAAGGAGUUAGCUAAGCUCUCAGCUCUUAUAGUGGAGAAGUCUGACGGCCAAGAUAAGAAACUGGAGGAAAUACGGAUAAGCACAAGGGCUACGGAAAGUAAGAUUGCUGACAUAGCUGAUCGGAUUGACCGUAAUCGCAUCGCUGAGGCUGCACGUAAAAUGGGUGACGUUUCCUGGGAAGAGCACCGUGUUAUGGUUUUUGCGGAUUACUCCAAGCUUUUGAGUGACAAGCGUGUGAAGUUCAACGAGUGCAAAAAACUUCUACACGACAAACAUAUGCACUUCUCCCUGGUCUACCCUGCGGUACUCGUCGUGAAAACCCCUCAAGGACCCCGCCGCUUUGAAGACCACAAAAAAGCCCUGACUUUUAUUCGCUCUUUGGAGUAA